UCAAAUACUAGGGCAUCAACCUCAGUCUCUCUUCCCAUUGCCCGACGCCGCAGUUGCUCUCGUUGCGGAGCCCGGCGAGCUCCGGCUGCGAUUGCUGCGAGCAGCGCCGAGAAACUUUGCUUGGUCGCUCGUCGGUUGCUUCAGCGAGCGACGCUUUGCUUCGGCCCUUUUUUCUACCUAGAGGAGUGUGAGCGACAUCUUCUCCGGCGAGCAUCGCGCCAUGGCGAGAAAUCCUCUCGUCCGAGCGCACAGUCAGGGAGCUAAGUCUUCGCGUGAACUCGAGCAUCCGGUGGAUGCAUUCUGACUAUAGCCUCCCGAGUGGCAGUCUCCUCGCGACGUUUUCCUCUCCAUGUUGGGUUUCGAAGUGUCUGGCUUACUAGAUUUCUUGACAGUGUAGUGGCGAGAUCUGAACUUUCCUUCUCUGAUCAGGCACGUCAAAUAUGGAUUUUGAAGGGGUGAUGCUGACAGAAGACACUGAUAAAAUUAAUGAUCGAACAAUUGAAAAGAGUUCUGACAAUGCCAAAGGGGUACAAAGUUGCUAUGUUUUCAAGAGUCGUUUGCAAGAGUAUGCACAAAAAGUAGGUAUUCCUACACCUGUUUAUCAGACUCUCAAGGAAGGCCCUUCGCAUGAACCUGUCUUCAAGUCAACUGUUAUUGUUAAAGAUGUUAGAUAUGAUUCUCUUCCUGGUUUUUUCAACCGCAAAGCUGCAGAACAGUCUGCUGCUGAGAUUGCAUUAUCGGAGAUUCACAAGUCAGGCCUCAUGACAGAAAACAUGCCCACAGUUCAUGAGACUGGCCUCUGCAAAAAUCUGCUCCAGGAGUAUGCUCAGAAAAUGAACUAUGCAAUCCCAUCUUAUAUCUGCACCAAAAGUUCCUCUGGAGCAACACCAUUUAUAUGUACUGUUGAGAUAGGAGGAAUUCAAUAUAUAGGAGCUGCAGCUAGAACAAAAAAGGAAGCUGAGAUAAAAGCUGCGAGAACUGCUCUUUUGGCUAUACAAAGUCAGUCUAAGGCAGGUAUUGAUGGUGCUUGCCAGUACACUGUGCUUCCUGGCAAACGGAAAGUUAAGGAACUAAAGGCGGAAACUGAAGUAAUGAAGAAGAUCAAAUCUAAGAAGUCUAGUUUCAGGAAGAAAUGGUCCAAAAAGAAGUUCCCUCGAAGCAAAGAUUGUCAUUUUACCGAGUCUCACAAAGAUGAACCUCAGAGACAGCAAGAUGAACCUGGAACAGUGAUGUCAGAAGACACCCCAGCUAUUCCCACUAGUGAGGUGCACAUUCAGGAGAUGGCUAAUCAUGAUUCUUGAACUUGUGGAGUGCACAAUUUUAUUUAUUUUUAUUAACUAUGAGAUCUUGCAUCCUGAAAAGCUUGGUAUUGCUGAACAGUGAAUGCGGAUGUAAAAUUCGAAAUCCGCUUAGAGCUGAGUUUGUAAAUUUAGUUUAGUUGUGGAAUACAAACUGGCAGUCUAGUUCAGGGUCAAAAAGAACCAUAGAUUGUUUGUCGAUGUUAUGAAUUUCUAUGGGACUAGGAGCCCUCUUUAGUGAAACACUAUUCUCUCUUUUUUUA